AUGCUCGGGAGACUCGAGAUGGAUGUUGAUGAGUGCAUCGAAGCAUAUAAAAAGCUCAUGAAAACCGUCUUUGAGAAGAAGCAAAGUUUCUUCUCGGUCGGGUUCCGAGGAAAGAUUAAGUCCCGAUUUUCUUCCAAAACACUGGAGAAAGCGAUGAAGACUGUGAUUGAAGGCCGUGAGGCUGCUACUGGCCACAAGAUCUCGGUCGACGAACCGUUUUGUCUGGAAAAUGAAGAAACGGGAGUCAAGAAGUGCAGAGUAGCGAAGGAAAUGAACAACGUUAGCCUGAUAAGAAGCUACCCUCUUAUAAGCGAACACACCGAGCCUACUACUAUCUGGCAAGCAGCAAUGGCCACUUCAGCUGCAACCACCUUUUUCGACUCUGUUCAGAUCGGUGACCGAGUCUACAUCGACGGAGCGAUAGGAGCGAACAACCCAGCGGCGGAGUUGGAGACGGAAGCUUCCAACAUUUGGUGUGAGACUACCGGCCAGCUUGAACCACUAGUGAAAUGUUUUAUCUCGAUCGGAACCGGGAAUCGAAUCAUCGACCCAAUCAGUGACAAAGCAUGGACAUUUCUAACUGAGAGCCUCAAAGACGUUGCCACCGGGACAAGAGAGACGGAAGAGGCUGUCUCCGGCCGCUGGAGGAUGCAUUGGAACACGCGAUAUUUCCGGUUCAACGUGCAACAAGGCCUCCAAGGCAUUGGACUGGCGGAGUAUCAACAUUCAGGGGCGAUCGAUGCGGCGACGGGGACUUAUCUUACGAGCCAUGAAACGAGACCACGACUUGCUGCGUGUGUCAAGAACCUUCGGGAAAAGAGGUAUCCGCCUAACCGGAAAUUCUGUGUCGAACGAACGACAUCUCACGCUCAGCAGGCUAAAGCACCGCCGCAAGAGAGGAAAACACUCACUGAUACCGAGAUCUCCGAACUGAUGGAGCAAGCAAAUCGCAACCUCAAAAAGCCCCGUGAUAUCAUCAGCCACAAGGACCUCCUAAAGGCGCAGGAGGACUUCCUCCGUGUCCUCCACGCCAAACGCGACCGAUCUCCGCCAGCAAAACCCAAAGAAUUGGCCAGUGUCAACAACAAACUGAUGUCGACUUGUCUCCUCCUGAGCCACUUCCUAAAUUUCACACCACAAGAAAGAAUGAACUACGUCUACGAAGCCGAAAAGUACGCGAAGCGUGCAGUCGCCAACGCAAUCAAGUCGCAGAAUAACGACCGGGUUGUUCAAAUGCAAUUCUACCUCACGUGUGUCAAGGCUCGGGAGAUCCAGUUGAAAGCCACCGUCUCAGACUUCCAAUCGGCGACGCAAGAUGAAAGAGAGGAGGCAGAGGAUGCCAUUUCUUUAGCCUUGGUGACGCUGAGAAGUGUGGAUAACCUGGACAUGACUCCGUACGAACUCAUGGGGAAGGAAUCUAUCGGUCAGCUCAGAUAA